AUGGCGUUCGAGAAGAUCAAGGUGGCUAAUCCGAUCGUCGAGAUGGAUGGUGAUGAAAUGACCAGGGUUAUCUGGAAGUCCAUCAAGGAUAAGCUUAUUACCCCUUUCGUGGAGUUGGAUAUCAAGUACUUCGACCUUGGACUUCCUCACCGUGAUGCUACGGAUGACAAAGUUACUGUUGAGAGUGCUGAAGCCACCAAAAAGUAUAAUGUGGCGAUCAAGUGUGCCACCAUCACUCCAGAUGAAGGCCGUGUCACGGAAUUUGGCUUGAAGCAGAUGUGGAGGAGUCCAAAUGGAACCAUCAGGAAUAUUCUGAAUGGAACUGUAUUUAGAGAACCAAUCAUUUGCAAAAAUGUUCCCAAGCUUGUCCCAGGCUGGACAAAGCCCAUCUGCAUCGGAAGACAUGCUUUCGGUGAUCAGUAUCGUGCAACUGAUGCUGUGAUCAAGGGACCAGGAAAACUGACUAUGGUUUUUGAGGGAAAAGAUGGGAAGACUGAAACUGAAGUCUUUACCUUUACCGGUGAAGGUGGUGUUGCUAUGGCCAUGUACAACACUGAUGAGUCCAUUCGUGCUUUUGCUGAUGCAUCGAUGAACACUGCUUAUGAGAAGAAGUGGCCACUUUAUCUUAGCACCAAGAACACCAUUCUUAAGAAAUACGAUGGCAGAUUCAAAGACAUCUUCCAAGAAGUCUAUGAAGCUAGCUGGAAAUCAAAGUAUGAUGCUGCUGGAAUCUGGUAUGAGCACCGUCUCAUCGAUGAUAUGGUUGCUUACGCUCUUAAGAGCGAAGGAGGCUACGUGUGGGCAUGCAAGAACUACGAUGGUGAUGUCCAAAGUGAUUUCUUGGCUCAAGGGUUCGGCUCACUCGGAUUGAUGACAUCGGUUCUGGUGUGUCCCGAUGGGAAGACGAUUGAAGCGGAAGCAGCUCAUGGAACGGUGACUCGUCACUUCAGGGUUCAUCAGAAAGGUGGUGAGACGAGCACAAACAGCAUUGCCUCCAUCUUUGCUUGGACUCGUGGGCUUGCACACAGGGCCAAGCUCGAUGACAACUCGAAACUCCUGGACUUCACCGAGAAGCUCGAAGCUGCUUGUGUUGGUACAGUUGAGUCUGGCAAAAUGACCAAAGAUCUUGCACUCAUCAUUCACGGCUCAAAGCUUUCGAGGGACACUUACCUGAACACGGAAGAGUUCAUCGAUGCGGUUGCGGAUGAGCUCAAAGCAAGGCUCGGCGUCAAAGCUUAA